CACUUCACUCCGUCUGAUGGAAGCUGAAGUGAAGCACGGAGCUCCUUUUCUACAGACCUGCUGAGGACAGAAGAGAGCUGCUCACUGAGGAAGUUCAUGUCUACAAGAUCACAGGUUGGUGUGAAGGUGUGAAGGUGUGAACUGAGGUGUGGUAUGAGUUAGAGUUGCCUAGCAACCCGACUCGAUCCUGAACCGGGACCUGAACCAAGCUGUGUGUCCAUGGAGCGGUACGAGUCUAUGGAGGAUGUUACAAACUGCAAAGAUGGACGCCGCACUGUUGAUGCAAGGAUCCCUCAGAGACCUGGACCUGGAUAUGGACCUGAUCCUGAACCUGGUCCUGGAUCAGGACCUGAACCAAGCUGUGUGUCCUUGAAGAGUAACCAGUCCAUGGAGAAUCGUAUAUUCUUCAAAGAUGGCCGUCCCUCUGUUGAUGCAAGUUCACAUCAGCAGAGAAGAAAGUCUCCUGAACCCAGCUGUGUGUCCAUGAAGAGUGAUCAAUCUAAAGAUUAUCCUUUAAACUUCAAAGAUGGACGUCAUUCUCAUGGCCCAAAAGAGGAAUUUGGGACGAUCUCAGUGCAGUUUCUGAGGAGAAUGAAGCAGGAGGAGCUGGCUGAGCGUCUGCAGAGCAAACUCAAAUCCAACCUGAAGAAGAAGUUCCAGUGUGUGUUUGAGGGCAUCGCUAAAGCAGGAAACCCAAGCAUUCUGAAUGAGAUCUACACAGAGCUCUACAUCACAGAGGGAGGGACUGCAGAGGUCAAUGAAGAACAUGAGGUCAGACAGAUUGAAACAGCAUCCAGGAAACCAGCCGGACCAGAAACAACCAUCAGACAAGAAGACCUCUUCAAAGCCUCAGCUGGAGGAGAGGAACCAAUCAGAACAGUGAUGACUAAGGGAGUGGCUGGCAUUGGGAAAACAGUCUUAACACAGAAGUUCACUCUGGACUGGGCUGAAGACAAAGACCACCAGGACAUACAGUUCACAUUUCCAUUCACCUUCAGAGAGCUGAAUGUGCUGAAGAAGAAGUUCAGCUUGGUGGGACUUGUUCAUCACUUCUUCAGUGAAGCCAGAGCAGCAGGAAUCUGCAGGUUUGAAGAGUUCCAGGUUGUGUUCAUCUUUGACGGCCUGGAUGAGUGUCGACUUCCUCUGGACUUCCACAACAAUGAGAUCCUGACUGAUGUCACAGAGACCUCCUCAGUGGAUGUGCUCCUCACAAACCUCAUCAGGGGGAAGCUGCUUCCCUCCGCUCACCUCUGGAUAACCACACGACCUGCAGCAGCCAAUCAGAUCCCUCCUGAGUGUGUUGGCAUGGUGACAGAGGUCAGAGGGUUCACUGACCCCCAGAAGGAGGAGUACUUCAGGAAGAGGUUCAGAGAUGAGGAGCAGGCCUGCAGGAUCAUCUCUCACAUCAAGACCUCAAGAAGCCUCCACAUCAUGUGCCACAUCCCAGUCUUCUGCUGGAUCACUGCUACAGUUCUGGAAGUGGAGUUGAAGACCAGAGAGGGAGGAGAGCUGCCCAAGACCCUGACUGAGAUGUACAUCCACUUCCUGGUGGUUCAGUCCAAAGUGAAGAAGGUCAAGUACGAUGGAGGAGCUGAGACGGAUCCACACUGGAGUCCAGAGAGCAGGAAGAUGAUCGAGUCUCUGGGAAAACUGGCCUUUGAUCAGCUGCAGAAAGGCCACCUGAUCUUCUAUGAAUCCGACCUGACAGAGUGUGGCAUCGAUAUCAAAGCAGCCUCAGUGUGCUCAGGAGUGUUCACUCAGAUCUUUAGAGAGGAGAGCGGACUGUACCAGGACAAGGUGUUCUGCUUCGUACAUCUGAGUGUUCAGGAGUUUCUGGCUGCUCUUCAUGUCCAUCUGACCUUCAUCAGCUCUCGUGUCAAUCUGCUGUUAGGAAAAAAAGAGAGAAACAAACCAAAACGUCUCUACCAGAGUGCUGUGGACCAGGCCUUACAGAGUCCUAAUGGACACCUGGACUUGUUCCUCCGCUUCCUCCUGGGUCUUUCCCUGAAGACCAAUCAGACUCUCCUACAAGGUCUGCUGACACAGACAGGAAGUCUCUCACUCAGCAAUCAGAGAACAGUGCAGUACAUCAAGGAGAAGAUCAGUGAGAAUGUGUCUCCAGAGAAAAGCAUCAAUCUGUUCCACUGUCUGAAUGAACUAAAUGAUGUUUCUCUAGUGGAGGAGAUCCAACUGUCCAUUAGUUCAGGACGUCUCUCCACAGAUGAACUGUCUCCUGCUCAGUGGUCAGCUCUGGUCUUCAUCUUACUGUCAUCAGAAGAAGAUCUGGAGGUGUUUGACCUGAAGAAAUACUCUGCUUCAGAGGAGGCUCUUCUGAGGCUGCUGCCAGUGGUCAAAGCCUCCAACAAAGCUCUACUGAGUGGCUGUAACCUCUCACAGAGAAGCUGUGAAGCUCUGUCCUCAGUCCUCAGCUCCCAGUCCUCUAGUCUGAGAGAUCUGGAUCUGAGUAACAACAACCUGCAGGAUUCAGGAGUGAAGCUUCUGUCUGCUGGACUGAAGAGUCCACACUGUGACCUGGAGACUCUCAGGCUGUCAGGCUGUCUGAUCACAAAUGAAGGCGUUGCUUCUGUGGCCUCAGCUCUGAGCUCCAACCCCUCCAACCUGAGAGAUCUGGACCUGAGUAACAACGACCUGCAGGAUUCAGGAGUGAAGCUGCUGUCUGUUGGACUGAAGAGUCCACACUGUGACCUGGAGACUCUCAGGCUGUCAGGCUGUCUGAUCACAGAGGAAGGCUUUGCUUCUGUGGCCUCAGCUCUGAGCUCCAACCCCUCCCACCUGAGAGAGCUGGACCUGAGCUACAACCAUCCAGGAGACUCAGGAGUGAAGCUGCUUUCUGCUGGACUGAAGGAUCCACACUGGAGACUGGAGACUCUCAGGGUGGAGCCUGCUGGAGUCCGAUGGUUGAGACCAGGUCUGAGGAAGUAUUCCUGUGAACUCACAAUCGACACAAACACAGUAAACAGAAGACUCAAACUGUCUGACAACAACAGGAAGGUGACACGUGUGAAGGAGGUUCAGUCAUAUCCUGAUCAUCCAGACAGAUUUGACUACUGGCCUCAGCUGCUGUGUAGAACUGGUCUGACUGGUCGCUGUUACUGGGAGGUCGAGUGGAGAAGAGGAGUUGAUGUAUCAGUGAGUUACAGAGGAAUCAGGAGGAAAGGAAACAGUGAUGCCUGUUUGUUUGGAUACAAUGAUCAGUCCUGGAGUCUGAGACGCUCUGAUAAAGGUUACUAUGUCUGUCACAAUAAGACAGAAACACCCAUCACCUCCUCCUCCUCCUCCUCUGGUAGAGCAGCAGUGUAUGUGGACUGUCCUGCUGGCUCUCUGUCCUUCUACAGAGUCUCCUCUGACACACUGAUCCACCUCCACACCUUCAGCACCACAUUCACUGAACCUCUUUAUCCUGGGUUCUUUCUCUGUCCUGGUUCCUCAGUGUCUGUGUGUCCUCUGCAGGACGGAGAGUCUCCUCCUGGUGGAGAACCUUCCUCUCUGCAGGAGGGAGAGUCUCCUCCUGGUGGAGAACCUUCCUCUCUGCUCACCACAUAGUUCAGUCUGUACAUGAUGUUGAUGAAGGUGAUGUUUUUUUCAAGAACCAUUUGUAAUGACAAAUAUAAGGGAAAUAUAAAUGUAUAAUUCUUUUUGAGCAAAUUUUCCAAUCUCUCAAAAUCUGUUCAGUGAAAUCAAAUAUAAUUUGACAUAAUCAGGUUUGUUCUGAAAAAGAACCUUUUAAAAGCUUCAGUUAACCUCUGAAGAAAAGAUUUAAUGACAGAUAUCAGCUACUAUCAGGUUUUUAUUAACUAUAUUAUAAUCACUUCAUGUGUUACUUUGGGUUAACAGGAAUAUAUUUGUAUCUUUCUAAUGUUAAUAAAUUACUUUCAUUGGAAACUGUGUCAUUAACGUAUUUAAACACCAAGUAUUUAAUGAGCAGUGUUCUGCUCGUCGCAUCGUGUCAUGAACUCUUCUUCCUUCAAAGUGAAGCAUUCUGGGAAAGUGAAUGUGUUUCUUCAACAUUAAACAUGUGACGUCAGACUGAUGGAACGAGGCCUCAGUGGGAUUCGAUCCCAUGGAAUCAAAGUGCUUUUUAUUGUCAAGAUCCAAACAAACAUCACAUUCAUAAUAAUAAUUUGGGAGCAAAUGUUUAAUUUCCAAAGUGAUGACCUUUAACCUCACAGCAUCUAUUUAAGAAAGUUCUCCCAAGCUUCAAAUCCAGCAGGAAUCUGAAGGUGUCAGAGUGAAUUCUUCAUUGCAACAUCAAAUAAAAUAGAUUCA